CGAUUUCAGGUUAAUUGUUUUAAGUUUUGUUAAAUAUUAACAACAAUGCGGCUAUCACAAGUAUUAAGUCGACAACACAUUGACUUUAUGUUCAAGAAACAUUGGCGGGUACAAGGCAAACGCGUGCCCAUUGAUACUGGACUCGAGGAACAGUUAAAAGCUAAAGGUAUUCAGUUUGAAGAUGCUCUUGAAUUCGUCAAAGGAAAACCUGUAGAACACGAACGACUCAAUAUAGUAGGGCCCUAUGAAAGGCCAUUACCCCUCGAUGAAAAUCACCCUGAUUACAAGGAACAGCCAUGUUUCACCCUAAGAAAUACAAAUGUGCUACUAGAAGGGAUAUCACAAGCGCAAGUACUCACUAAAACUAUAAUAGCAGAAAAUAAACUGCCACCUAAGAUUGAGGAAUUGGCAGAAGUGCCAGCUCCUUCAGCUAUUCACGAAAACAUUAAGAAAGCCAUUCUAUCAGCUAAUGUAUUUGACUGUGAACAAAAGAAGUUGUCUAAGAUAAAAGAUCCUGAAAGACCAGCUUAUAACUUUCCCAGAGUAUUGGGUAUCACAGAUAGAAGGCGCAAUGAAAUCCUGACAAACAAAUUGGUGCAACUGGUGGAAAAGAGCAGUGACAGUGAGGUAACACUGUCCAGAUACAUCCUCAAUGAUGUUGAAAGCAAAUCUGUAUUUGAGAAGGAAGAUGACCUGAUACAGUUUCAAGAUAUUUCUCACAUCCUGGUGACAAGCAACAAACCUGUAAAACAUGAUGUAGAGAGCAAUGUCACAUUCAAUGAGAUUCCGGAUCUGCAUCCCAUUAAACACACUGUAACAUUACCACCUGAACAUUUCUAUGAAUCGGAAAGCAAAUACCCAAUAAAACCUACAGUAAAUGUGCGACACCCACACACAACAUGGCUGCAUUUCAAUAAAAGUGAAGUGAGCAACAUCUAUGAGACCCCAGUCACUGAACAGCAGAUCCUUGGGAGGUCAUUGACACAUGCAUUCACUGUUGCCAGUGCUUAUGCUAAACAACUACAUGGGGAGGAUGUAAAAGACCUACCGGAACCAAUAUACAUAAAUUGCAUACAAACAGAUGGUCAAAAAUACCAUUUUGGGGUUUUGGAAUUGAACACUUUGAAUGUAGAUGGAACUGAGGGCACUAAAAACGUCUGGUACUGCAAGAACAACCUCAAACUGUAUGGCUCCAGUCGUUACUUUGGUGGAAUGCCUGUCUUAGAGAAUUAUAACAACAAAGUAUAUGGGUACAUAAAUGCUUUAUAUAACUGUUAAGCCACCAAGUUUAUCUAAUAGAGUA